GCUGAAAACUCCGAGCGGAAGAAGACGAGACCAGGAAACCGUAGAAAAAGGGACUAAAAUUUGCCGUGAAAAACCCUAAUUUCGCCCUAUAAUUCCCCUCCCUCGGCUGAUGCGGAGGCGAUGGGGGCGCUGGUCUCCUGCUUCUCUGCCGCGGAGGAGACCAAACGGCCACGGGCUCCCCGCCGGCGCUCGGCCGUGAACGUCCCGCCCGCGGCGGCCGGGGGGAUCGGGUCCAGCGAGUGGUGGAGCAAGGGGCGGGUGGGAAGGAAGGAGCGGGCCGAGGAGGCCCUGAUCCACGAGCAGGCCCUGGCGGCGGCGGCGGCGCUGCUCGCCCAGCAGAACGGCGGAGCCCUGCCCUUCGACCGGUCGUCUUCGCUGCGGUACCCGAGCCACGGGCAGAAGAAGCCGGCGCUGCCGAGGAGCUCGAGCUCGCGUGCAAGGUCGCUCACCGAUCCGGUCGUCCAGCCCCAACAGCUCGUCCAUCAGGAUCUGAAGAUUGACAAUUUGGAGACCAACCAUUUUGUUCUUGUUCAUGGAGGUGGUUUUGGUGCUUGGUGCUGGUACAAAACUAUAGCUCUUUUGGAAGACAGUGGAUUUAAAGUCAAUGCUGUAGAUCUCACAGGUUCUGGAAUCCAUUCUUUUGAUACAAACAAAAUCACAAGUCUCCCUGAAUAUGUACGGCCACUUACUAGUUUCCUUGAAACUCUUGGCGAUGGAGAGAAGGUGAUUUUGGUGGGACAUGAUUUUGGUGGUGCUAGCAUAUCCUAUGCUAUGGAAAUGUUUCCUUCUAAGAUUGCUAAAGCUGUUUUCCUUUGUGCUGCCAUGCUCACAAGUGGGCAGAGUACUCUUGAUAUGUUCUCACAACAGGCAGAUACAAAUGAUCUAAUGCGGCAGGCUCAAAUUUUUGUGUAUGGAAAUGGAAAUGACCGCCCGCCGACAGCUAUCGAUCUGGACAAGUCAUCAUUGAAAGAAUUGCUGUUUAACCAAAGCCCUGCCAAGGAUGUUGCCUUAGCUUUAGUUUCUAUGAGGACAAUUCCAUUUGCUCCAGUGCUGGAGAAACUCUCACUCACAGACGAGAACUAUGGCUCAGCAAGGAGAUUCUACAUAGAGACCCCUGAGGACAAUGCCAUACCCCUUUCUCUCCAGCAAAGCAUGUGUGGCGCCACUCCCCCAGAAAGGGUUUUCAGGCUAAAGGGCUCCGAUCAUUCCCCAUUCUUCUCGAAGCCACAAGCCUUGAACAAACUCUUGGUUGAGAUAUCAAAGAUUGGCUCGCCUCAGGUCCAGUGAGCUACUUCUGAUCCAACAGUCUUACAUGCAAAAGGCAUGGUUUGUAUGUAAAAUUAAACGUACUUCUGUUUACCUGAUAAAUUCUUGAUAUUCAUACAAAAGAGUGCGACAUCAAUAUGUCUGAAAAUAUGGCAACUGAGUUUCUAGAAUGGUGGUUGUUGGUGCCUGCUGACACCUAGCAAUAUAGAUUCUUUUAGCCAUUUCAUCACAUCUUGUUUCUUCCCUGUAUUUGAUGUACUCACAGGUAUGUGUUUGUUUCUGUGAUUCUAGAAUGAUCAAUUUUUGGCUUGUUGAGUAAA